AUGGCGCAGGUGCAGGCGACUUCCCCCGCCACCAGCAGCUCCUCGCAGCCGGGGUGGGGGCUGUUUGUAGGGGGCGUGCUGCUGGGCAGCACCGUGGCGGCAGGCGCGGCCUACCUGGCCGUCCGCUAUGCCAGCACGUCGGCGGCAGACGACCUGCGGCGGGCGUCGAGCGCCGGCGGCAGGCGCCGUCCACCACGGCCCGCCGCCCGCGGCCCCGCCGACAACCCGCCCAGCGGCAAGCCGCUGGCCCGCGCCAACACAGGCCUCUACUAUGGAGAGGAGGGCGCGGAGGGCCAGCAGGCGGCGGGCGGCAAGGCCGGCAACGGCCACCUCGACCCGCGCGGCUCCCGCGGCAAGCAGUCGCCGCGCUUCAUGCAGCCGCUGGCGCCGGGGCAGCACCACCACGACGGCCCCGACACAGAGGCGCUGCUGUCUGAGGACAACGCGGCGGGGCUGCCGCCGCAGCGGCUGCGCCAGGUCAACGAAGUGAGCGAGUCGGAGGCGUGGGCGGUGGUGGGGCGCGGCGAGCGGCCCGCCCACAUCUACGCGGGCCCCGCAGACCGCUCCAACCAGGCCGCCGCGGGCUACCUGCGCAACCAGAGCUUCUCCUUCCCCACCAUGCUGGCCGCGGGGGCCUCGCCCAGCCAGGCGCAGAUGCUGCAGGCGGCGCCGCGGCAGCUGGUGCCGCCGCUGACGCUGGAGUCGCGCCCCUCGAGCGGCGGGCCGGGCCAGCCGGGCAUGGCGCCCGGCGGCGCCCCCGCCUCGCCAACCCAGAUGGUGGUUGCCUCCUACCCCGCCGCCAUCACAGCGCAGGCGCCGCCAGCCAUGCAGACAAUCACCACCGCAGAUGCGAUGGCUACUGAGGGCCGGAUCAUAGAGGAUGCAGCCAUGCAUGAGCAGUAUGUGCGGGUGAUCACGCCGGAGCCCACGCCCACAGAGGAGACCGAGGAGGUGUGCCACCUCUUGCGCCAGGCGCUGGACAUGCGGCACCGCUGGCUGUUCCGCCAGCAGUACAGCCCCGAGCAGCUGGCGCACCUGCCCGAGGCGGUGACGGUGACACAGGUGUACGGAGACCCGUUCAGCUGGCAGGAGCAGGAUGUGCUGCCGUGCGAGCUGGAGAUGGUGGAGGGGGUGAUGCAGAUGUGGGCAGACGACAGCAGGGAGCAGCAGGUGUUUGCGCCGCCCGGCACCGCCACAGAGUUCUUCUCGGACAUGCACUGGCUCCUCAAGGUGAUCAGCCUGGGCCACGUGCGCACCUUCACCCACCACCGCCUGCUGCUGCUGGAGCAGAAGUUCAACCUCCACGUCAUGCUGAAUGCCGACAAGGAGUUUUUGGCGCAGAAGAGCGCCCCGCACCGCGACUUCUACAACGUUCGCAAGGUGGACACGCACGUGCACCACAGCGCGUGCAUGCACCAAAAGCACCUGCUGCGCUUCAUCAAGAGCAAGCUGCGGAAGGAGCCUGAUGAGGUGGUGAUCUUCAGGGACGGCAAGUACCUCACGCUGCGGGAGGUGUUUGAGUCGCUCAACCUCACGCCCUACCACCUCAACGUCGACACCCUGGACGUGCAUGCCGACAAGAACAUCUUCCACAGGUGGGGGUGGGACAACCUCAUCCACGGCCGCUUCCUGGCUGAGCUGACCAAGGAGAUGUUUGCAGACCUGGAGGCUUCCAAAUACCAGCACACGGAGUACCGCAUCAGCGUGUACGGGCGCAAGCCUGUGGAGUGGGACACGCUGGCGGCCUGGGUGGUGCAGAACCGGCUGUACAGCGACAACAACAUGUGGAUGAUCCAGGUACCGCGGCUGUACAAUGUGUACAAGGAGCAGGGCAUCAUUGAGAACUUCGAGCAGCUGCUGGCCAAUAUCUUCACGCCUCUGUUCGAGGUGACCCGCGACCCCAACUCCCACCCGCAGCUCCACCUCUUCCUGCGAGGGGUAUCUGGUUUCGACCUGGUUGAUGAUGAGUCCAAGCCAGAGCGGCGCCCCAACAAGCACAUGCCCAACCCGCGCGACUGGAACUCCAAGCACAACCCAGCUUACGCGUACUACGCCUACUACAUGUAUGCCAACCUGUAUGUGCUCAACAAGAUGCGGGAGGCGCGCGGCCUCAACACUUUCAACUUCCGGCCGCACGCGGGCGAGGCGGGCGACAUCGACCACCUGGUGUCCUCCUACAUGCUGGCCGAGAACAUCGCGCACGGCAUCAACCUGCGCAAGUCGCCCUCCCUGCAGUACCUGUACUACAUCUCGCAGAUCGGGCUCUGCAUGAGCCCUCUGUCCAACAACUCGCUGUUCCUGGACUACCAUCGCAACCCCUUCCCCACCUUCUUUGCCCGCGGCCUCUCCGUCUCCCUUUCCACCGACGACCCGCUGCAGAUCCACCUCACCAAGGAGCCGCUGGUUGAGGAGUACUCGGUGGCGGCGCAGGUGUGGAAGCUCAGCGCCACCGACCUGUGUGAGGUGGCGCGCAACAGCGUGCUGCACUCGGGCUUCCCGCACCAGGUAAAGAUGCACUGGGUGCACACCGAGUACUGGAAGCUGGGCCCCGAGGGCAACGACAUACAGAAGACAAACGUGCCCGCGCUGCGCAUGCGCUUCCGCAAGGACUGCCACCAGGAGGAGAUGGGGCUGGUGAUGAUGGGCGCCGCCAACCACGCGGCCCGCCUGCGCGCCAAGGAGCUCUACAGCCUGGCAGAGUGA